AUGGUGGUGCCGCGGGAGCCGGCGGCCACCGCGCAGGUCAGCGUCGGCGGCUUCCGCGCCGGCCUCUCGGCGCGUGGCCUCGCCGACCACCUGGAGUCCGUCGCCGGCAGGGUCUGGCGAUGCCGGGUCAAGGCCUCUUGUGCGCCGCCCGACACCUACCCCGACUUCCAGUUCCAGCGCCGCCGCCGCCUCCUCCCUGCCGCGGACGCGUCCGGCCGGGCGGCGCCGUCGCCGCCGUGCCGUCCCGCGGCCCCACCGCACGCCUUCGUCCACUUCGCGCACCCGGAGGCCGCGCGCCGCGCCGCCGCCGGGUCCGAGCUCAUCGUGCGCGCCCAGAACGGCAACGGCUCCGCCCGCGCGGCGGCCCGCCACCGGGACACCGCCGAGCCGUUCCGCUUCGCGGGCUCGCGCGUCGAGCUGGGCAACCUCUGGGCGCCCGACGCCUUCGCCGUCGCCUGGCGCGCCCCGGAGCCGGAGGACGCUGACGCCGCCGCGCCGGCAGGGGGGCUCGUCUUCGAGGUCGACCCGUCCGACGGCGCCUGCCGGCUGGUGUUCUCCUGCGACGCCGCGUUCGCGCUCCCCGGCGCCCGCGGGGCCCCGGCGGUGCUGCGCUGCGACGUCAAGCUCGAGUUCUCCUUCCUCGAGAUCGCCGAGGUCAUGGCGUUCCAGGCCGACGACUCGCUGCUCCUCCGGCUCUCCGCCGCGCCCUUGCUGUACUACCGUACGGCAGCCGACGACGUCCACCAACCGGUGCCCUUCCACCUGCCCGACGACGAUGACGACCCAUGGAUACGGACCACCGACAUCACCCCCAGCGGCGCGAUCGCGCGGUGCUGGGUGUACAGGGUCUCGUUCAGGGCGUGGUGUUGGCCGAAGAUGAAGGACGCACUGGCGUACAUGAAGAGGCAGGAAGUGCCUGUCGUGUUCUGCGACAUUGGGCGUCGGGGGCUCAAUGUCAACGAUGAGCCAGCGUUCGGGCAACCAACGGAGGACCUGUUCUUCUGCGUGGAGCGUGAGGGGCUAAGGUUUCCCGUGUUGUUCUUGGUUAAUGUGCUGGUGCACAAGGGAAUAGUGAAUGAACACCAGCUCACGUCGGAGUUCUUUGGUUUGCUGGAGAAAGAAGAUGAUGAUGUGAAUGUGGCUGCAUUGACAGAACUGUUGGGAGAGAAAUUGCAAGUGUUUUAUUUAUGCAGGAGGCUAAAGAAUGCGCAGGACAGGGCUGCCAAGAACAACAGACUUCUUCAUCUUCACGGCAGCAAAAAGGUUACUGGUGAUCACAAUGCCGUGGUGCGAAGCAUGAUGAUCACUCCCACCAGGGCAUAUUGCCUGCCGCCUCAAGUGGAGCUCUCUAACCGUGUUAUCCGACAUUAUCAUCGAGUGGCAGACCGGUUCCUGAGGGUAACUUUCAUGGAUGAGGGUAUGCAGCCACUGAACAUCAACGCGCUGAACUUCUGUGUGGCGCCGAUAGUCAAGGACAUGAUGUCAAACUCGCCCCAGCAGAAGACAACAGUUCAUAGGCGUGUCCAAACAAUUUUGACGAAGGGUUUCUGCAUGUGUGGCAGGAAGUACUCAUUCCUUGCAUUCUCAUCGAACCAGCUGAGGAAGAGGUCAGCUUGGUUCUUUGCGGAGGAUGGCACAACAUCGACUGCAAGCAUUAGACAGUGGAUGGGACAGUUCCCUAGUAAUAAUGUCGCGAAGCACGCUGCUCGAAUGGGGCAGUGCUUCACAUCUACAUAUGCAACAGUAACGAUGCAACCGGAUGAGGUCAAUGAGUUUCUUGAGGAUGUUAAGCGUAAUGGAUACAAUUUCUCUGAUGGAAUUGGCAAAAUCACGCCAGGCCUCGCAAUGGAAGUUGCUAAGAGGUUGCCUCUGAUGCAUAACUAUCCCCCAUCUGCGUACCAGAUCAGAUAUGCAGGAUUCAAGGGUGUUCUUGCUGUCUGGCCAGGAAAAAAUGAUGGGAUACAAAUUUCCCUUAGGCCAAGCAUGAGGAAGUUUGAGUCUACCCACUUGGUGUUAGAAGUGGUGUCCUGGACAAAGUUCCAACCAGCAUACCUGAACCGCCAGAUUAUAACAUUGCUGACCUCCUUGGGUGUUCCUGAUGCUAUCUUUUGGCAAAUGCAGGAGGCAAUGCUUCAUAAUCUCGACAGAAUUUUAUCAGACAGAGAUGUUGCUUACCAGGUUGUAACAAACUGUUGCUCUGAGCAUGCAACCAUACCAGCACUGAUGCUUAGUGCUGGGUUUACUCCUGCAACUGAGCCACACCUGAAGGCAAUGCUUUUAGCUAUAAGAUCCUCACAGCUUCAGGGUCUUUUGGAGAAAACAAAGAUUUUUGUGCCCAAGGGAAGGUGGUUGAUGGGCUGCCUUGAUGAACUUGGGAUCCUUGAGCAAGGGCAAUGUUUUAUUCGGGCCUCAGUGCCGUCACUCAACAAAUAUUUUGUGAAGCAUGGCUCAAGAAUUUCCUUGGCAAACAAAAGUGCAGAGGUUAUUGUAGGUACAAUUGUGAUGGCAAAGAAUCCCUGCCUUCAUCCUGGGGAUGUCCGUAUCCUUGAAGCAGUAGAUGUGCCUGAACUGCAUCACCUUGUUGAUUGCUUGGUCUUCCCCAAGAAAGGUAAGAGGCCGCACCCCAAUGAAGCGUCUGGGAGUGAUCUUGAUGGGGAUGUCUACUUUGUGACAUGGGAUAAAAAUCUUGUGCCUCCGAGGAAAAAGAGCUGGCCACCUAUGGAUUACUCCCCGGUUGAAGCAAAACAGCUACCGCGCAGAGUACGUCAACAUGAUAUCGUUGAUUUCUUCUUGAAGAACAUGAUUAGUGAGAUUCUUGGUCUGAUAAGCAAUGCUCAUGUUGUUCAUGCUGACUAUAGUAAGUAUGGAGCUAUGGAUGAUAAGUGCAUUCAGUUGGCAGAACUAGCAGCCACUGCUGUGGACUUCCCCAAGACCGGCAAAAUGGUGACAAUGCCACCAUCCCUUCGACCACAAGAAUAUCCUGACUUCAUGGGAAAGGAAGAUGACAUCUCCUAUAAAUCAGAAAAGAUCCUUGGAAAGCUUUAUCGGUCAAUCCAACAGUAUAACCUUGGAAGAUCUUUGGAAGACUCUAUCAGAAACGAUGUCCCUUAUGACACCAAACUGGAAGUUCCUGGUGCAUCGCAUUUCCUCGCAGAUGCUUGGCAAUGCAAGUGCUCGUACGAAUCACAGCUGAACGGGCUGCUCAAUCAAUACGGCGUGCGCACUGAAGCAGAGGUCGUGACAGGGGAGAUAUAUUCGCUUACGGAAAGAAACAAAAAGAAGAAGAAUGAGAUAAAAGAGAGGCUCAAGCACGCACAUUCCAAACUCCACCAGGAGUUCCGGAAUAUCUUUGAAAGCAUUGGAGCAGAUCAUGGUGAGAUCUCUGACGACAAGAAAAAUCUGGUAUAUGAGAUGAAGGCCUCUGCGUGGUACCAGGUAACCUAUCACCCAUACUGGAUCCAAUUCUCAAGGAAGAUGACUGAGUUUGAUGGUAAGGAAAUGCCGGCAAGGCUCAGCUUUGCAUGGAUCGCUGUAGACUACUUGGCACGCAUAAAGAUGAGGUGCCGAGGAGAAGUGGAUGCCAGUUCAAAGGACCGCAGCCUACAUUUUCUGCGACGAUACGGUCAGGGCCGUGAGGUUUCCUGCUUGUCUGAAGCAAGACCACUCUGCCAUUUUGCCUUGCCUAUUUGAAGCGAGACCACUCAAGUUGAGAGGCCACUCACCUGAGCUCAAACAUAGUACUCUUACUAUUUUUAGGACUAAAGCCAGAGGCAUGCCUUCUUCUGGUGAUGUAGAU